AUGUGUAUCGGAGAGAAAUUCAAACGGACAUAUCCUUUCACGUUACAACCAGCUUGCGUUCCGUGCGAGUGUGACGAUUCCUGCGUGAGAAGAGCAACAUGCUGCCCCUCCAAAUUCUAUAGACAGACACCUGCUCCGGACUUCAUCCAAUAUCCGCGGACCUUUGAUGACGAACAAGGUCCCCCAAUGCACUGCCUGGAGCCAUUGUGGAACAUGAAUGCGGAAGUAAAAUCUGGAAAGUCGUUCUGGAUGAUCAAGACCUGUCCAGAUGGCGCUGUUUGCAUAUUACCACCAUCUAGAAAUAUUACGAAAUCUACCCCAGUCACGUCUUUAUUUACCAUGGAAACGUACAUCAAUAUCCAAUGUGCCUUUUGUAACAACGAAGAAAUAUCAGACCUCGUUUUCUGGGAGAAGAAAAAGUUGUGCAGUAGUAGAUCCGCCCUCUUGUCAAGAGAGAAUCCGGAUAUGCUUUAUAAGUCUGUAUUUGAACAAUUUCCGUUAUGUAAUGUUGGUUUCUACCCUCCUGCAUCCGUUCAGAGUGUGGCGAACGCAUGUUUAGGGGCAACACUUGAUGUGAAAUGUGAGAACAUUGCAGAUAAUAGGAUUAAAAAUUACCUCAUCGAAGCUUGCCAGGAGUACUACUUACCUUAUUAUACUCACAAUAACAUCUACAAAAACAUUUACUGUGCAAUGUGCAUGUUUGACUUAAAAGAUCUGUACAUUCAGUACGAAUUUCAUGGUGGAACAUAUGGCACAAUAGAUACUAUGCUAACCCCCUUUUCAGCCCUGAUGGAUUUCAAGACUGAUGAAAAAGAACCGAUCGCUAACACGAUGAAAUGUACAGCUAAUCAAAUAUUUGACGAAAAACUGAACAAGUGCCAAGACAUCGUGUGUGAACCAGAGUAUGUGUACCAGAACCUGGCCUGUGAGCCCGUCUAUCCAAUGCUUAAUGAGAACAACUACGAGUUAAAUUUGAUGGUUGUCCCAACAGAUAGUAAAGACUCCAUCAACAUGAAAGACUGUAUACUAGAGGUCUCGGAAAUUCUUCAGGACAUUCUGCGGAACAACAACUUGACAGCGUAUCUCUGUAGAAUGUCCACAUUGGCUCCUGAUUCGGGUGGAAAUUUUUUGGCAUUGAUGAUAGAACUGUCAGUAAAUCAUCUCCAUAGCGUGGACUUGAUGAUAGAAAAUUUUUUAAAUAUCUUUUCGAUACACCACGAGAUAACUAUCCCCCCGUCGCCAGGAGCUCCUCUCGUUCACCUUUCUAUCUCUGUUGUAGGGCAGAGUUUUCAUGUCCACGGUAGUUAUUUGUUUGAGAAAUAUAUGUCCCAUCGUUGUUUCCUGAAUUCCAUGACAGGGAAUGAAAUGGUGUUAUAUUCCAAGAUAAACAUGUUAGAUGGUAAUGAACAUGAUCCUAAAUAUCAGUACUGUACGACAGGCGACAUGAUGUCCAUCGUAGCUGAAUGGUAUCGUUGUCCAAAAAUCAAAAUGAGGACAGCAGAUGUAAGAUUAGAUGUGUCCAACUUCUCUGUGUGUCUUGUAGACUAUCAAGCUUGCUUCUCUUCGAUGUACUUCAAAGAGUUACCAAACAAACGUGGCGUUGAGAUAUGUCUCGAUCAGUAUCUCCAAGCUUCCAGCCUUAUGUUGACGAAAUCAGACGAUAAGUUAAUGAAAUAUCUGUCCCUGUCUUGUCUCUCUCUAUCAUCGCUUGGUUCCCUGCUGACCUUUAUCACGGUUACUGUCAGCAAUACUCACAAAAAACUUGCCGAUAUCAACAUUAUGAUAUUAGCUGUGUUCUCGAUUUUAGCAAAUACCGUUUACACUUUCUCCAAGUUUUUUCUGUGGAGUGAGUUGAUGUGUAUUGGUGUUGGUAUGUUGGUUCAUUUUUCGUGGCUCUCUGUCGUGUGUUGGAUGAGUUUAUCUACAUUCCAAAUCUUUCAAGCAUUUACCUCCUUCAGUAACAUAAACAUGGAAGUUAGGUCGCGAGUACUUGUUAGUUUGCUGGUAAAUUGUUUUAUAUGUUUGACAUUAAUCGCUAUUAAUGUGUCUGUAAGCUACACGAAGAGCGACGGAGAAAGCUUCGGUUACUCUCCUCGCACCUGCUACAUAGCUGACCCCAAUAUGACCCUCUUUACUUUUGCUCUCCCAGUAGGUCUGGUCGUUUGUAUCAAUACUUUCAUGUUUGUGGUGACAGUAUCUAGAAUCAGUACAAAGAUUACCAUUCGAAAAUCGAAGGACCAGAAGAGCAUAAGUUCCUACUUCCGGCUUUCCAUCAUUACUGGUGCGACGUGGUUGUUCGGGUUUUUGGCUCAGUUCACUGAGCUGCAAUUGUUUUCUAUUUUGCACACAAUUUUCAAUGGUGGUCAAGGCAUCUUUCUGUAUGUGGCCUUUGGACUGUCACAUACUCUGAAGUGUCUCUCGUGCAGUCAGCCUCUAGAGUCUGAAAGUCUCGGGAAAAACACUAGUGAAAGUAAGACUGCUAUACAAUGA